GAGCCGGGGGGGGAGGCGAGCUCGGCGGGGCACCCUCCGCACCCCCUGCCCCGGCGCCUGCCCGGGGCUCCGUGGGGGCCGUGGGCUGCCCGCCCCGCCGGCGGCCAGGAGAUGGCGGCGGAGCCCGGCGGCAGCGGCGGCUCGGUGCCCGCGGAGGCUGAGGCGGGCGGCCGGGCCCCCCCCCCAUCCCCGCUCCUCAGGGCCUUCCGGGGCCGGCCCUGCCCCGGGUGGAGCGGGCCGCCCUUUUCCCCUUCCCCUUCCUCCGCUGGCUCGGCGCCCCGCGGGAGGUAAGCGCUGCCCGCGGCCGCGGCUCGCCGCCGGCCACCUUCCGCGCCUCGGCCCGGGGGAGCCUCGGUCUCCUCCUUUCCGUCCCGGAGGGGCUCGGCUCCGCCGUGCCGGAUUUCUCCGGCGUCACGGCGGGAGGAAAGCCGGGGCUGGAGCGGCUCUCGGGGGCCGGCCCGGGGCAGGCGGCGGCUCAUACGGGGAGCUUCCCGCCAGCGCCGGUACCUUGACCUCUCCCCAGCCCCGCUGGGUUGGGCUGGAACCGGCCCGGCGGCCGGGUCAGAGGGAAGGCGGCUGCCUGCCCUGGGCCUGAUGGCAACCGCUCUCGCCUCGUGUAAAACCCAGACCGCUCGGCGUUUUGCACGUCUCCAGCCUGAUCCUCAUCCCUCGGAGCAAGGGCAAAGCAGUUCCCUGUGGCGUCUGGGCGUGCUGCGCGCUGGGUGAGCGGCUGUCUGCAGGCGGCCGAGCAGGUGCUGCGGUGGCAUGCACCCACUGCGUGGUGUCCUCCCAGUUGUUGGUAGCGAGCUUCUCACCGAAGACCCAGUGCAGCUGCUCGGUUGACUCUCCUUCGAAAUAAGAGCCUGGAUUUAAAAUAAAGAGCCAGUUCAGAAGAUAUGUGUGUGAAACAUGAUGUCCCCUUAGCUUUGCUCAGUGCCACCAUUCUCAGAAGGUACUUUUGAAAAGCAGCAGUACCCUGUAUGCUGAUGAAUAAAGUGCCAGACCAUGCAGCAAAGUGCUAGCAGAAAGAGAAGUAGCCAAGCAUAAAACACACAAUUUCUGCUGACCAAGAUCAGUGCCAGGGUACGAGGAAGGAGACAAUGUCUUCUGAAACAACCCAGCAGGAAAGUCAGACAUCUCCACUAAAGCAAACUGGAUGGCCAAUGUUCUAUUGCCCCAUCUCACAAAAUGACAAUGCUGGAGAAAUUGCAAAGAUCCGUAAAGAAUGCAAAAAGGAAAGUUUCUGGUACAGAGCUCUUCCUUUGUCUCUCGGGAGCAUGCUUGUCACCCAGGGGCUAGUCUCAAAAGGCAUUUUCUCAGCAAGCCCAAGAUUUGGUGCAUUACCUAAGAUGGCAAUUGCUGGUGUCUUAGGUUUUGCCAUUGGAAAGAUGUCAUACAUAGGAGAAUGCCAGAAAAAGUUCCAGAAAAUCGGUAUCGUACCAUUUGGUCCACAACAAAAAAGGCAUUGUCAUCAUACUUGCAAAGAAUGUGAAGCAAAAUUGGGAUCAAACGAGAAACAAAGUUUGGAUCCUUCAGCAUCUUAGUCCUAGACGUGGUGAAGAUGAUAAAAAUCCUGUGGAUCUUCUUCUUCUUUAAAGGCUUUAUUCUCUAGAGAAGAAAUACUGUAUUCGGUUUGGUGUAAACAGGGUUAUUUGAAAGUGCUUCCAUAAUGUUAGAUAGUUCUGUUCAUAGUAAAUACCAAUUUCUUGUAAUGCACUUUUUGAUUUUUCCUCUCCUCACUCUUGUCAGCAUGUUUUUGUUUUCUCUCUCUCUCCAGUCCAAUUUAUCUCUUAGUGCUGAAGAAAUAAAUCUGUCUAUUGUA